AUGUUUCGCCAGGUGUGGGUGCAUCCGGAAGAUCGUAAAUUUCAACAAAUUAUUUGGCGACAGAAUCCAACGGAACCAUUGAAGUGCUUUCAAUUGAAAACAGUCACAUAUGGACUGGCGAGCUCACCCUAUCAUGCUGCCAGAGUAUUAAAUAAGCUAGCUGAGGACGAAGGCGCUCGUUUUCAUCGGGCGGCCCAGAUCGUUACUAACCGAAUGUACGUGGAUGAUGUUUUAGCUGGUGGUGAUGAGUUGGAAGAAGUAGCUGAGGUUUGUUCCGAAUUGAGUAGUUUACUGGCAAGGGGUGGACUUUCGUUACGAAAAUGGUGUGCAAAUGAUUUGCGCAUCUUAAAGCAAGUACCCCAGGAGCUGUGGGAGGCAACUACCGAACUAGAAAUUGGUCACAUGGAAGGAAUGAAAACUCUUGGCCUUUUGUGGCAUCCACAGACGGAUCGACUGGCUUUCAAGAUACCGUCGUUGCCAGCGAUAAAUAUCGUGACCAAACGUAUCGUUGUGUCGGAAAUGUCUUCGUUAUUCGAUCCCCUUGGAUUAGUUGGACCCGUAGUGGUAAGCGCUAAAAUAUUUGUGCAGCGGCUCUGGAUCAAAAAUCUUGGAUGGGAUGAAAACGUUACAGAAGAGGAUAGAAUUUGGUGGCUAGGAUUUCGCAACGAACUGUCGCAACUUCAACAGUUGACGGUUUCUCGACGCAUCCUUGCUAAUACUAACCGGGACUAUACGCUGCACUGUUUCUGCGAUGCAUCUACGAAGGGCUACGGUUGCUGCAUUUACGUAACAGGACCAGAUUUGGAGGGACAGCUGAAGUCACAGUUACUCAUAUCCAAAAGUCGAGUCGCACCAGUACGGCCUAUGACAGUUCCCCGCUUAGAGCUUUGUGCGGCGUUAUUAGGAAGUCAGCUGAUGGAGACAGUCCGUACUACUACUGAGUUUACUGGUCCUGCCAUGUUCUGGACGGAUUCAACGAUUGUGCUUCAUUGGAUUCGAUCUCCCCCAACAAUUUGGAAAGUUUUCGUAUCGAAUCGGAUAGCUGAAGUACAACGUCUAACAAAAGGAUUGGCUUGGCGACACGUGCCUACCGAUCAGAAUCCUGCCGAUCACGUGUCUCGAGGAUUGCGUCCUGGACAGAUGUUGAAUGAUGCGUUAUGGUGGCAUGCUUCUCCAUUUCUCGAUAAUUCAAUUGAUUUAUCUCCAACUGUACCACCAAGCUUAUCAGCAGCAGCUCACUGUGUUUUAGAUGCCGAACGUCGCGAAAUUGUCGCUUUAACCUCAGUCCAACUUAAUGAGGAUCUCUUUAAUCGCUACUCCGAGCUAGGAAGGUUGCUUAGAAUAACUGCAUGGUGCACUCGCUUUUACACCAAUUGUCGCUUUGUAAAGCAACGAAUCUUGGGACGACUACUACCAAAGGAAAUCGAAGAAGCGAUGAAACGAUUAGUUCGAAUAUGCCAGCAAAAUGCCUUUUCCAAUGAAAUGCAUCAGUUUGAAUUAAAUAAAACUCAACCUAACCACACAAUAGUUUUGGGAAAGAAUUCAUCGCUAAAACACUUAAACUUGAUGCUAGACAAACAUGGUCUGCUCCGACUUGACGGUCGCUUAAAGAAUAUUAACGGAUCCUACGAUCGUAAAUGUCCGAUGAUACUACCAGCCCAGCACCGUUUCAGUGAAUUGAUUGCACGAUCAUUGCACCUUCAAACAGCACACUGCGGUCCGUCGUUACUGUUAGCAACAAUGAGGCAAAGAUUCUGGCCACUUCGAGCACAGCAACAGAUGGCCCCGCUACCAGCUGUACGAGUUACCCCGGCUAGAGUAUUUUCAAGGUCUGGUUUAGAUUACUGUGGGCCUUUCAACGUACGUCCGUUAGUUGGAAGGGGUGCCAACGCGAAAGUGUACGUCGCAGUAUUCGUGUGCCUGGCGGUAAAGGCGGUGCAUUUCGAGAUAGUUCCGAAUCUUACGUCCGGCGCGUGCAUUAAUGCGAUCAAACGAUUCGUUUCUCGUCGCGGUCGAGUUACCGAGUUACACUGCGACAAUGGUACCGCAUUCGUUGGUGCCGAUCGUGAACUGCAGGAUCUACUCAAGCAAUAUCUUCAACAAUUUCAGACGGACGAAUGGGAGAACUAUUACGAGCUGAUGACGGCAGCGGCGCAUAUCGAGAGCAUACUCAACUCACGGCCUCUCACGCCGUUGACGGAUCAUUCUGACGAUUUGGCCGUGUUGACCCCGGGACACUUCCUGAUCGGUGAACCGAUGUUUUCGAUUCCCGAGCCCGAUUGCACUGAGCUGAAAAUAACUCGUCUCUCUCGUUUUCAGGAAAUGUGUAGAUCAUUGCAACAUUUUUGGAAAUGUUGGUCCAGGGAUUACAUAUCUCAACUCCACCAACGUGCGAAAUGGAAGAAACCUUGUAACAAUGUACAACUGGGUGCACUUGUGUUGCUGAAACAGGACAACCUCCCACCGUAUUUGUGGAACAUUGGUCGCAUAGUUAAAACUUACACCGGAGACUCUGGGCUCGUACGUGUUGUUUUGGUGCGAACUGCUCGAGGACUUUACAAACGGGCCGUUACUGAGGUCCGUAUACUUCCAAUAGAUACUGUGGACCAUUCCCAUGACGGGAUAACAGCAGAUCAUCAGAAUCUCCAGUCAGAAGUUGCAUCAACGGAGGCAAAUGAUGACUUGAUCACCGGUGCCGAACGACAAUGA